AUGGGAUGUCACAUUUCACAAUAUUUCUAUUUUGUAAUUAGGGCAGCCGUAACGAGUUCACAUAAGCCGGUUUGUUGUACCGACAAUUUCGCUACAAACCUGCGAACAAUUUUGACCCCGAAAGUUCGGAACUUAAUCGACUGCGGCAAGCAAUGUACCCAGUUUAAUUUUACGAAUAUCGAAUCAAGUCCCAGCUACAAACGGUCUUCAUGUGCUUACUUUAAUUUUAAAGCGAAAGCGACUACAAACGGUUCGAAUACUUGCGAGUUGUAUUCAAGUGAAUACCAAUGUUUCGACACAGCCCUCAUCGAUAAAUGCACUCUUUAUAAGGUCGGUCCCUACUUAAGCUACUUCAUCUACGACUGGCUGGUUAUCAUGCUGCGUGAAAAUAGACUGUACGAUUUCUAUCAGAAUUGGGCUUCAUACAAAGCCGGAUUUGGAAGCUUUCGCUACAAUUAUUGGAUUGGACUUGAAAAUAUCCACCAGUUAACGUACGCAGCUAAGCAGGCGGGCAGACCGUACAGCCUGAGGAUUGAAUACUUCGUUGGUUCUUCCUGGCUGUGUGAUGAAUGGAAGACAUUCUACCUGGAGGACGAAGCUAACCAGUACACACUCCGACUAACCGGAUAUUUCGGAGAUUCCGGAUUCGAUAUAUUGAGUCGUUCCGACACGUCGAAUUUCUACAUUCAGAACAACCAGCCAUUCAACACUUUUGACAAUGAACAUUCCUACAACUCCUACUCUGCGAAAUAUUCUUCGGCUGGCUGGAUGCGAUACUACGUUAACGUCGACAUGUUCGGGAAGGACACCAUGGGCCUCUUUGUCCAGGGUGUUUGGCAGAACAUGCAGGCCGUAAGGAUGAUGAUAAGGCAGUUUUAA